AUGGAUAAAUGCAACUGGAAUGAAGGUCAAUUGGCAAUUGGUAUGGGAGAUAAUUCCAUCAAACUUUGGAAUUAUUCUAACGCUGGCUCUGUCAUGAAGAAGGCUAAUAAAUAUCAUGAUUAUUACGACGCCAGUGUUUUAUGGAAAGGAUUACAGGGAAAAAUAGAAAAGAUUAGAUGUCAUCCAACACGAGAAGGUUACUUGGCCUAUUCAAACGAAUAUGGUCAUGUUGGAAUAUACGAUAUAUUUAACUUGCGUCAUAUACCAUUCAGGACAUAUCAUAAAGUUCAAGGCGCCCCUUCAAUCGAUUGGGGAUCGGAUAUGUGUCUAGCUUUAGAAGAUACUGAUAUGAAAGACACAGCAAUCUCUUGCGGCGAUGACGGCGUGAUUCAUGUAUAUGAUAUUAACCAUCCACAAGCUCCACCCAUCAAUCUCAACGAAAGGCUAAAAGAAAAUAAUACAUCAUGGAUGACGAGUUUAAAUGCAAAAUCAUCUCACCGACAUGUCUUAAAAGUUGACGAGAAGGCAAGACUGAUUGCAUUUGGACAUACGGAUGGAUUAGUUGAGGUAUAUAGACUAGAUACGCUCAAAUUAGUAUUUGUGUCAAAUUGCCAAAGACAAGUUAUCAAAGCAUUGGAUUGGAAAUAUUUUGAUGAUAAAACAUUCCUUGCUUCUGGGGAUGAUACUGGCGAUAUUGCUAUUCAUGUUAUCAGUACAGCCGAUAUGGAAAAUACUCAUGAGAUACCUAUUCCGCAGCCUAAACCAUUACACUUCUUAAAAGGACACACAAAGAGUAUUACUGACAUCAAAUGGAGCUCACAUACAGACAUUGCAAGAGUAGCUUCCUCCUCAUCUGACAAUUUUGUAGUGGUUUGGGAUGCAAUCAAAGGAGAAAGUGUAUCAUUAUUUGAUAGACACCGAAGUAGAGUUCUAUCGCUUUCCUGGAAAGUAUCUGAUCCUGACGUCUUAUUCAGCGGAAGUGAAGAUCGAUUUAUAUACGAAUGGAACCAUAAAGAUUUCUCUUUGACAGGUUCAAUGAAAUCCAGAGUAUCCAGUGUUAUGCCAGUCUCGCAAGAAUCAGAAAAAUCAACAAGCCGGUUAAAGAAGGAUCAACAGUGUAUGCUAUUAGCUGAUAAAUUGACAGACGGGGCCGUAAUGAAAACGAUGACUGAGAUCGUGGAAAAAUACCUAAAUGAUGAUCAAAAACUUGAUAAUACUCUGUCAAGAUAUAUCAAAUUUACAAAGGAAGAUCAACCACAAGCAUCGCAGCAUCAAAAUAUCCACAACCUCUUUUUUGGGGAUAAAGAAGAUAUUUAUCACUUGGUUGAGAUCGAAGAAUCAAGUUAUUCAGCACACAAUGAUGUUCGAAAUAAUCUGGACAUUAAGUUGGCCAUGGAUAUUAUGCAAUGUCAGUAUAAAAUGUUUAGCAAGGAUCACUUUGAUGCCAAUACAAAUAGCGCUAUGAGUGAUUGGAUUAUCCUUGCGCUAAGUCCAAUGGUCGGAAAGGCAACUUGGUUAUCAUUAAUGCUCGAACAAGCCAAAAAGCUCGAAUCGUUACGACAAUUUAAUUUAUCUGCAGCAUGUUAUAUAGCCUGCACACAUAAUUACGAAGCGAUUGAAAUGUAUCAAAAGAACCACAUGUUUCGAGAGGCUAUUGCCUUAGCAAAGCUCAGAUUGCCCCCCAAUGACCCCAUCAUUAAUAGGCUUUUUGGUGAAUGGGCAAAUGAAUUACAAAAAGGAGACUCCGAUUCAUUAGCAGCUUCAUGGUAA